AUGCCAUUAACCAAGGAUGAAAGAGACUGGGCGGAGGGACAACUGCCGAUAUUCAUCCAGCAUCAAAAUCAGAAAAUGGUGGCAGACUUUUGGCCUCGAAUUCGCGCCGCGUUCUUCUUGAAAUUCCCUCUCGAUGGCGAAGAUAAUCCCGCAAUGGACGUUGAAUCGCGCUCGGCCCUUGGAAAGAUCAGCGACAUUUUCAUUGAGUAUGUUUUCCUACAGUCUCUGAAACAUUACUUCAAUAACACGUCUAUCAACAACUCAACCCGUAAAAGUCGCGCGAAAGCGCAGGAGGCGGUGAAAAUCUACUUUGGGGCAUCGCAAAUACAGAAGAGUAAGGCGGUUCGUUCCCUCAAAAAACGCGAAGUGUAUUCGCGUCUAUUUUACGAGUCAGAGUGUAAAGAAAAGGUCGAUGCCGCGAUUGCUGCCUUUGGUCCUGCAAUUACAAAGGGAGAUAGAAUGGUAAUCCGUAAUAAGCACACCAACGCGGGAUACCAGGCUGCACAGCUGGAUCCAGUAAAGAUGGCCGCAAUUGAAAAGUACCUUGCCGAAGAAAAUUCAAAAAGAAACGAGGACACAACAUCGCCUGUUGUAGACGAAGACACAGGUGAAAUCCAAAAAUUGACUGGCGAAGAACACGUCAAAUUUAUGCGGGCGUUACCAACAACCUUGGCCGAAGUUUCAACCAGACUCGCCAAGCUAGGUGGACUCUGUACUAUGUUUGUUGCUGCUGGUAUGGACCCGGAUAAUGAGAAUAAGAUCCGUGGAUAUGGUUUCCAUGUAGGUAAAGACGUUCAUGGCCAGCCCUUCUUUAGGGCUAUACCAGAUUACACUGAACGCGUACUUCGACCCUUCCUCAAUUUUGCGAGUGCGGCAUUUGUUGCGGAGGAUAAUCCAUCUACGACUUCGCUGUCCACGAGCGCUGAUCAUGAUACUUCAGAGGUGGCCAACUCACCACCACUUACUGUGGUUGCUGAUGGCUCUGAAUCACUACCUGUUUCCUCGGAACAUCCUGCCGGCGCUUCUCCAACAGCUUGUGCAACCGAAUCUAUGUCCGAGAUCACUGCGACUCCAAUUGCACCCUCUCACAAUACCAGUAUUGGUCUGACCGAUCCCCCUUCUGAUAUAUUGCCGACCUUGUCCUCUCCCUUCCCAAUCUUGUCCUCUCCAAUGCCGACCUCGUCCUUUCCAUUGGACAAUUGUGGUGAGCUACCAGUGAUGCCAACUUCUCCAACUCUUCCAACUCCCACUGUGUCUUCUGCAAUUUUGGGAACACCUCCAGUUGUCGUGACUCCCUCAUGCCAACCAAUGACUCGCUCUUUGUCGUAUCCUUUGAUUCCCUUUCAGCCCGAGGAGCAAUCUUCUCACUCAACAAGGUCUCUGUCUUUGCCUCCACCUUCUUCUGCAGACGUCUCGCUGUCUCUGUUGUUAGGGGAUAGCUCUACAGCUCGGGCUGUUGACCAGCUACCUGAGCCUGUGUCGCAAGCCCCUCAGUCUUAUUCAUGGAGUAGGAUGACUGAUCAUGAGUUUGAUGCAGUAAUAGCUACCGGUUUGAACAAUAACCAGCUGUUUGAGUGGGAUAGUACUGGUGCACUCCCCGAAUUGAACCAGCCUGUUGGUCCUCUUAUUGGAGAAAAAACUGGGAGCAUGGAUAGUGGCCUCUCGGUGUUUCCAUUCGCACAAGAUAUCGACUCGAAUGCCUUGAUUCCCGGGUCGCCUACUAUCGGUCCAACUAUUGCAGAGAAUGUUGGGAGCAUGAAUAGUGGCCUCUUGGCGUUUCCGUUCGCACAAGAUAUCAACUCAAAUUCCUCGACUCCCGGGCCACCUACUAUUGGUCCACCUAUCGUAGAGAAUAUCGAGGGCGUGGAUGGUGGCCUCUUGGCAUUUCCGUUCGGCUCGGUUGCCUCAAUUGCCGGCCCGCCUACUCUUAGUCCACCUAUCGUUGGGAAUAGUCGCUUGGCAUUUCCGUCGGCCCAAGAUAUCAACAUGUUAUUGUCCACAACUUCCAAUGUCUUCGACACCGAGGUUCCUGAUCCCCUGAUUGUGAAGUCCACCGUUGACACUGGCAACGAUAUGAGUUCCUUAGGUAAUAUCCUUAUAUACUCUGCCAAGUCUCAUGUUCUCACUGUCGCAAACCCAGGCCCUAUGGUUCCUGACUCCCUGUUUGCAGGGUCUAUCAUUCAAGUGGGUGCUCCCAGCGUUCUGAGUCCUUCCUGUGUUACGAGUUCUUCUUCGUCUUCGGACCCUCCUAUGGGCAACACCCAGACAAGUCCUGCACACUCGGAUGGGGAUGGUUUGCUUGACAUGCUUGUACACCCUUCCAGUUCAGACCCUCCUAUAGGUGACACCCAGAUGAGUCCUGCACACUCAGAUGGGACUAUACUUGCAUCCACCUCGAAUUCAAAUGUUCCUACAGGCGGCGCUCCAACUGGUCCCGCACGUGCACCCACCUCGAGUUUAAAAGCUCCUACAGGUGGUGUUCCGACUGGUCCCGCACUUCUAGCAGCUAUGCUUGCCAAAGAACCGGCUCUUCUGUCGAGUCUUGACGCCGAUCAUCCCGACAUAUUUGUUGAUGGCAUGUCUACUGAUGUUGCAGCUGAGAUCACCACUGGAGCCAAUGCGAAAGACAAGGCUGCAGGCUCCCAACGCAAACAAGCACAAAAGAAAGACACCACUGCCGCGAAGUCUAAAAAAGGCACCAAAGUCAUCAGCAAGCCACCGGUUGAAGAAAAGGCGAACGAAAAGUCAUCGAACUCGGGUAGCGUUAAGAUUGUGGUCGGUGAGUCUGGAAAAAUCAAAAUUGUGUUCGGUUCAGGGGAGUCUGCGAAGGGAGACAUGUCGAAUCUUGGAGACGGAGGUGGGGCAAUGAAGGAAAACACUUUGCCCAGUACAAUGGAAAGGUCUGCCCGUCCUCAGCGCUCGCACAAGGAGGCCCCAUCGCGCGAGCCAAUUACGAUUAAGGAAAUGAACAUACGACGAAUGGCAACAAAGCGUUCGGUGCAUGAGGCGGGGUUGAAUGUGGACUCAGAUUCAUCGAAGAAGGCUAAGCAGGUGUAA